AUGCCUGCCGUCUUGUCUCCUCCCCUUGUGCCUUUCCCGGGGGAUGCGCCUCAUUCUCCUCCGUACUCCUCCUUCUUUUUGGUCUCCAUCCGCGUUGGGUUUGAAUACGCCCUCCGCCAUCUUCGGGUCUGGAAUGCCUGGGUCUUUGACCAAGGCAGCGCCCGCUCUUAG